AUGAAUACCAGCCUCUCAGAAGGUGAAACCGUAAGCAACGGCGCCGUGGGCCACGGCAUAUUUAUGAGAGCUGUCAAACACGUUGCUGACGUAUCAGCCUCAUAUCUCGAUCUAGAAUAUAAUGAUGUGGUCGAAUGUCUUGCUAAGAAUGAAAAAUUUGUUCGAAGCGUCCUUUUGGGUGGCUAUCAUAAGAAUAGUGCAUUAGUGGUUGCAGCACAAAGGUCAAAUCAGACAGGUGAAAAGAAGGAGAUAUUACUGCAAGCCGGAUGGGAAGACUUAUUCAAUGAAGAGAAAGAAGCGGUUGCUUUCAUUGCCGUAAAUGAAAUCAAACCGUUGAAGAACGCAGAUGUAGAGACCAUUCCGUGGCACAUCUUACCAUUCGUAUGGAAACCUGGAGUUUCACCUUGCAAAACAGCACUCAGAUUCUUAGAGGAUAUGAUAUAUCCGUUACUAGAAAAUGAAAAAUACAAAUGUGGCUAUGACAACAAUCGGCAUUGCUGCCUUAACGACGCACUCAAUGGAAUCAACCGCGUCAGCAACAUUCUGCAGCAGGUUGAAUCUCAGUCAAGUAUACGCCAUGCUCAUUUUGCUGUGGGAGAAUCCUUAAGCAGAGUUGCCAUGUAUGUAGGCACUGGCGCAAAGAAUUGGAAUAUCCAAAUACCGAACGAUGUCAUGUUGGAAGAUAUCAAACAUAAUGUAGUAGAGUGGUCAGCCGAAGUAGCGCGUAUUUUGGGUUUAUAUCGGUCGGUGUUAAGUGAUGUGUCUGAAUCCAGCUGUUCGGACACAACUGAUGAUAACAUUGCGGGUACGGAAUCGUCAAAUUCUGUGUAUAGUGACUCGUCCUCAGCCACGUCCUCGGAUUCCACGGACUCAUUGGUCUACGAAUCUGGGAGCGAAUCAGACUCUCAAAAUCUUGAUCUAAUCAUGCGUAACAGUUGGUCCAUUUCCUCCGUCACUGGCUGCGAGAUGCCCAUGAAUGUUCAGGAAGAAGUUAACUUCUGGCUCAACUAUGAAAACGCACUAACGGAUCUGCAUGAACGAAUUGGAUCGACUACCGUUGAAUACACCCUAGGACUUUUGGAAUUUAACAUGGUGGAUGUAGAUAAUAUAUAUUGCUUUGGGGACGCCGUUGACACAACGUCAGAGCUGCUUAAUUACGUAGAGAAUAUAAAUAUUCUAAUGCAAGGAUUCCCGGUGAGUGCUCUAAGAGAGGCUAAUAACAUAUAUGUUCUCAAGGAAGCCGUUGAACUAGUCUUGAAACAUUUGGCUAAAGCUAAGUAUCUCAAGCACUACAGCAGCAGAAAACUUACGGAAAUGGUCUUAGGGCUAACUACGGAUAUGCUUCAUUCUUGCUAUGUGAUUUUUCGUGAUUCCAUAGAUUUUGCAUCAUCUAAGGACCUGUAUACAUUCCCAGCCCAAGACCUGGAUGAGAUCUUAAAUGCCUGGAAAACUGGUAUCACCCAUCUUAAGAAUUCAUUGGAAGGGGAUAUAGGAACCUCUAUUUCGUUAUCUGUAAUACCAUCAACAACUUUAGUGUCGGAAACGCAAGAGGUUUUACAUUCUUUUCACCAAUGUGAGCCAAAACAUGAAACAACUGUUAAAGAUGUAAAGAUCCUUAUGGAACUUAAACGUUUAUAUGGCAACAUUUGUCGUGAUGGAUAUGGCGUACCCAAGAAAACUACUACAGAUUUAGAAAAGCAGUCUGUAGACUCAGCUAAGCAAUUAUAUACCUGCUUUUUGUCAAAUGUUAAGAAGAAGCUGCGUGAUACGAACGUUUUGGACUUUAAGAAUAUUUACCCCUGCAUCAAUUCAUUUGUAUACAUCUUAAACCAAGUGGAACUGCUUGUGAAACAAGAAUUUUCUGCUCUUAUUGGUGAUGUUAAUAGAAUUCAGGGCAUACCUCAACUCCUGUCUUACGCCAGGGGACUGUCAAUUUGUGAUGGAACUAAAUUUGGAGUGGAUGUCUUUGGAAAUAUACUGAAUCUCGUAUGGAGUGAAGUGAAAUGUGUGGAAUCACAAUGCCUUAUGCUGAAGGGCGACUUGCAAACGAUGUUCUGCUAUGUUCCUAUAAAUGAUACAGCUAAUGGGGUACUGAACAUUGCCAGGAUGAAGGGAAAAUUGGAGGCUAUACAGCACCUCCUAGUAUUGUUGGGUCAUUUUGUUGACGCAGAUAGCCUUCGCCCUCUUCAAGAUGCAGUAGAUUCUCUGGACGUAGGUAUCAUGGACAUUAAAUCUCAAGAUGUCAAAGAAGAUGGAAUGGGCAUCUGCAAAACGGCCAUUAGACCAUACAGUGAACAUGUACAAGGUACGGCUGAUAAUGUCAACAUUCCUUUCACCGAUUCGUUGGAAUAUGUAACUACUUGUACCUACAUGAAUUUUUCUGCCCUCUCACUUAAGAAUGUCCCUAGAUGUCAAAUGGAUUCCUCUCUAUCUAUAGUUUUGGCAAUUAAACACAUAGUUGAGGCGCUUUCCUUUAUGGGAAGACACAAAUCGAAAGAUAACGACGAGAAUUGGAAAACUACACUAGAACUUCCAGAAGACUUGGCAGGGGCCUUAGAAACUAACAGAUGGGACAACCUAUUCAAUCCCAACACAAUAGAAGCAAUUUACAAGAUUUUGAACAGUCGUUUUUUGGAGUUUUCUCAUAUGGUUGCGAUGGAAUCAAUCGGCGAUGUUAUUUAUGCACACGCACCAUCACUCACGUUGACGGAGGUCUUGCAAACAUUAUCACGGCAAUUGAAGCCAUUAACAUUGUUUUUUAGUUCGAAUGAAAGCGAAAGAAACGUCAUUCAUGAGGUCUAUCUCAAAGAGAAAGUAACUAAAAUCAUCAAUCAAUGGCUAAGUCAAGCGAUUAACGGUUGUUUGUCUACUUAUGCCAACGAUGAGCUAGUUACAGAUGAUUUGGUAGUUCGAUUCAUUGAAGUCUAUGAAGAACCUCUAAUGGAGCCUCCGCUAGAGGUAGUGCAACAAAGGUUGUAUGAGAACUUGGAAUCAAAAACGAAUAUUACGAGGGAAGUUGUAGAGGAAAUUCAAGUUUUUUCUUCUUCUGAGCAUGAUGAAUUGUAUAAGAAUAUUAACAAUCAAUUAAACGAUGCCAAAGGUGAGAUGAACUCGAUAUUGUCACACCUUGAGGAGCAGUUCAACCAAUGGAAAAACUUUGAGUUGAACUGGCAAAGACACUUCGAAAGGCAGCGUCAAGACACGGCUGACAUUUCCACCUUGGUAAAAGAGUUGGAUGGGAUAUUGCAGUGCCGUUUUGUAGCGAAUCCAGUAGGACCUCUAACAAUAUCAAUACCAGAUGAAACUCACAAACAAAAAACAAAACGCUUAGAACGUUCUAUAAUCAGUUUAAUAUGCGAAAUGGCCCUCAUUUCAAGCCAAGAAUUGGAGAACAGUCUCUCUAAUAUCGAAAAGGCCUUCGGCUCUGACACCCUGGCCGAGGCAGCAGUCAGCCCCAGCAAUUCCCCAUCUAUGGCCACUCAGGUUACGCAUGACCCAAAUGUAUCAAUUGAGCCAUGCCAAAUAGCUAACGAGUUUGAUUACGCAACAUUCGACGGUUUGGUCGAAAAAUUAAAGGCGGAGCGCCCCAACAAAUCUGGCCUAGCAGUCCUGGUUGAUAGCUACAUCCAGGAUUGUACAUCGCUGGAAAACUCUUUCAAACCUAUAUAUGAUAUAUGUAUAGCAACUCAGAAUCUUAACAAACAUCAAGCAGAAUGGUUAGAAUUGGCGGAAUCUCUUCUAUUCUUAGAGAGGAGGUCUAAAAAAUGCAGUGUAGAGCUACCCGGGGCCUGGAUAUUUUCAGAGAAGAUAAAACGCCGUAUAGGACACCUGGCGUUGCUUGCUACUCGUACAUCGGACACCAUUUUCCGUAACAUCAGGGAAACAAUUGUUGAAUUACCUGAGGUUUACGGGAACAUCCAAGAGCUUCUUCGCUUACAAUGGAGGAAACUUAAGGAUAACAUUGAUAACGAUCGUGUAGACAACGGGGUUGUAGUUCCGCUUCUCACAGAACUCGAAACUAACUGUCAUAUCGUGAAAAAACAUAUGUUAACCCUGCAUGAUAUCCUCCGAGUCACGUUAGAUAUUGAGGCGACUCAAGACCACGGAAUGGAUCACAUACUUGCGUGCAUGGAAGAGAUAGUACAAUACAAGAAGCAGUGGAGCGAUGCAAGUAUCUUCCUUAUUCAAUAUGAAGACAUUUUAAAGUCUGAACCAACUCAAAAAGCACUUCCGAGGAUACGGCAGGAGGUGGCAACGGUGAAAGAAGGUUUGGGCAAGAUGAAUUUGCUAUGGAAAGGUAUGGAAAACAAAAUCAAGGCCCUGGAAACGCUGCUAAAUGGCAACGUGGUUGCUUUUCUCGACGACCAGAAGUUUAUAGAGUGCGUGAAAACUCUUGUAGGAUCAAGCACCUUUUCACUCACCGAUGUCGCAGGUACCUUGACGCUGAAAUAUUGGCUGGCGGUAAACGAAAAGUACUGCAUGGAGCUCAAAGAAAUAGUAAAAGCUCUCGAAUUUCACAAAGCUGCCAAUGACUACAUCGACCAACUCAGCGCUAAAUGGCAAUCUACAGAAUUUUUGUGGCUUUCCGAGGAUAUUUCUUUAGGGGUUGCCGAGCAGGAAGGAUGCAACAAGAGUCUAAUCUGGAAACUGCAAAAUGGUGAAUCACUGUUGUAUUAUAUAGAUGAUUCUAUAGCGUUCUUGAACACCUACAUAAGCUCAGCUUACGCUGGUGAAAUAAAAGGUGAUCUUGCCGAUUGGAUAAAUAAAUUAUCGUCGACUCGGACUUUUAUAGAAGAAUGGGUGUUAGUUGAAAACAAAUUAAAGUAUAUAACAAACAUUUUUGCAUCGCCCAUCGUACAGCAGAAAUUAGUUCAGCAAUGUGAAGAUUUGAAACAGUUGAUAAAGCAUCAGGAUUCGCUGGUUGGAACGACAAAAUACCUUUCUAACGCAUCGCAAUGGUUGGGUAGUCUGUCAGAUAUGGCAUCCAGAAUCGGUUUGUUGGAGGACAAACUGAGGUCGUAUUUGGAUGACCAACGUUUCCUUUGUCCUCGUUACUUCUUCCUUCGUGACAAUGAACUUUUUCAUAUCAUAGGAAUGGGCACCGCUGAGUACAUGGCGGACAAUAUAUCCAAAAUGUUCCCCGGAGUUGCUAGCUUUAAUGUUGAAGAUGGAGUUAUAUCUUCUGUCAAAUCCAAGGAUUCAGAAGUAAUGCUUUUGCAUAAAAAAAUACCCAUACUAGGCAUUGAACCAAACGAACUCAUAUUGAGAUUGGAUGAAGCCAUUAAAGAAACCAUACAGUCACAAAUCAUGUCUAGCAUCCAACAGUUGGAAGACAUUUACUCAUGUGAUACUUUUGAUUCCAGAUCGUACUGUAAAUGGGUGGCCAGCUCUAUUUCUCAAGCUCUUAUAGUAUCACAAUCAAUAAUGUGGACCAGGAUGAUGGAGCUAAUGACGUCAUAUCGAGAUUUUGAACGUUUGGAGUCAUUGCUAAAUUCGUUCAUCAAAUGUGCUGCGAGCCAUCUCGAGAGAGAUGCUACAGUGUUACAAAAACUGGAAAAGCUCUCAAUAUUUCUAAUAUACCAGCUGCAGAAAACACAGCUGCUAGGUACAACGCAGAAACAUUGUUCAAGUUGGCAACGCUGCAUUCGUUAUUACAUCAAUCCGUCUGGUUUUGUCGAGCUGCGUAUUGGGUCCAAAGUCUAUCCGUAUGGCUAUGAGUUUCUGGGUAUAGGAGCUAAUCUAAUCGUGACAUCACUGACUGAAAAAUGCCUAACGUCCAUCGCGGAAGCAAUGCAGAAUUGCCUCAUAGCUAACCCACAGGGCCCAGCAGGCACAGGGAAAACGGAGAGUGUAAAGGCCUUGGCAAGCUUAUGUGGUUAUCCAUCUUGGGUCUUCAAUUGUAAUGAAGGCUUGGAUUCAGCUUCCGUAGAACGUACAUUUGCUGGAUUAUGCCAACUGGGAGCUUGGGGAAUCUUCGAUGAGUUCAAUAGGCUUGUUGAAGGUGUACUCUCUUCUAUUGCUGAAAAAAUCCAGCAAAUUGUGAUUUGUCAAAAGAAUGACAUCAACCACAUCAACUUAGUUGAUAGAGAAAUCCAAUUAAACCGCAAUGUGGGCAUUUUCGUUACAAUAAACCCGGGCUAUAUUAGCCGUAGCAGUUUUCCUCUGAAUAUGAGAAUGCUUUGCAGACCAAUUGUCAUGGAAAAGGUGGAUUUGAAAGAGAUAAUACAUGUGAUGUUGGAGUUAAAUGGUAUCACGGGUUCAAACAAAAUUUCUAACCAGUUGUGGGAUAUUUUGAAUUGCUGUCGUAUUUGCUUCGGCGACGGAAUAUACGAUUUUGGGUUGCGGUGUUCGAAAGCGAUACUUUGUUACGUACGUAGAAUAAUCAAUUCCAUGAAUGAGAGUGAGUUGACGAAUAAUGGACAACACAUGGAAUAUAUUUUAGAGCGGGCUUUAUAUUUUACACUCUCGCCACGGUUUCCAUUGGUUGAACAGGAGAUACUAGAUCGUAUACUCAGCGCUUGUUUGUCCUUGAACUCAUCCUUAGAGUUUAAUCAGCUUUGUCCGGUAUUGGCGGAUAGGGACGCGUCGUUUAUGAAUAAACUAGCAACAAAAUUCGGCGACGUAGUUGAGGGUGAUUACCUGAAGGAAAAGGCACUGCAGCUGUUUCAUCUUUUGGAAAAAUCUAAAGGAAUCAUUUUGUAUGGCCCAUCAGGAUCCGGAAAAACUUUAUGCUUAAAGGUGACAUUGGAUAUCGCUGGAGAUUUAGAAGGUACCGCAUACGACAUCGUACGUUUCGAUCCUAAUGCGUUGGACAUCGCCAACUUAUAUGGCAGCUCCAAUAGCGGCGUAUGGCACGAUGGGUUAUUUACCUAUUUCAUGCGUAAGUACACUGAUUCCGGUCGUAAGGUUGUAAUUGUUUUCGAUGGUGAUAUGAAUUCAUCAUGGGUGGAAAGCAUGAACUCCUUACUAGAUGACAACUUGGUUUUGACAUUAAACAACGGGAAUCGUAUCCAACUCACAUCUAAUAUAAUAGUUUUGUUUGAAACAAACAGCUUGAAGUACGUCACCCUUGCCACUAUGUCCCGUUGUGCGUUAGUGCGAUUUGAAAAUGAUGGUAAAUUGCAGAAAUUGCCGCAUUACGCCGAUUACUUUGAGAUCAUUGACCAGGAUUUGCGGUUAUUUCGUUAUGGGUGUUUCAAGCGUCUUUACGAUGAAAAACCAGACCUACCACACUUUAUAUUCUCCUUUGUAAAUGGUUUUGGGACAGACAUGGGACAAUUAGGAUAUCAGGAUUUAAUCAGAAAUGUGGAUAUAACAAGCCAAAGACGUGACAGAAAUAUAGAUUCGUAUAGGGAAAUUGAAGAUGCCAUUUUGGGGACGUCACAUGCCACAAAGCUUGACAUGAUUAUAACGACAUUUCUAAAGUCUUCAAUGUCUUUCGUUUUGUGUGGAUGCCAAUCCUAUACCUCCAAUUCAAUCAUAACAAACGUCGUUCUAUCUCUAGAAGGAUGGUUUGUGAAAACUUUGUAUCUUUCUCGGGAUAGUGGUCAUUCUGCUCUCCUGGAAGUUUUGUAUCAGUCUACCAACAUGAACAGAGUAGACUCCCAUUAUGUAAUGACACCAAGGGAACAAGUGAAUGGCGCGUCAAAAAUGUUUCUAUUAAUUCAGGAUGUCGAAUGCGUAACAAAGGGUUCGGGGAAAAACGGUUUCUGGCCACUUCUUCGUGAACUAAUCGAGUUUAAUUCAUUUCAGAUGAGAGAUGAGGUCGACUCUUGGAUAACAGUAUACUUACAAGACAUAUUUAUUGCAAUCGCGACGCGCCAUUCAGGUUAUGACAUGAUUCCUAACCGUUUAAAGAGGUUGUUGCCAGUUAUCAAUGUCGACCUCUGCAACUAUAUGUCUGAGGAAGGCAUUAGCCCAGGCAGCUCAAUUUUUGAGCAUGAGGCAGAUGACUCUUUCAUAUCGAAUAAUAAUCUGGCCUAUAAAUUUUACGAUGGCGUGAGGACAUUUCUAAAGGAAAAGUGCAUUGAUAUAACAGACGACAUUACAAUAUACCAAACAAUUAUGAAGGAAGCCAAUUUUGACCCUCAUUCUUGCUGGUUACUCGGGACAUUGAUUAAAUACAAAUACGGUUAUUUCCCUUCCAUUACGGAUUUCGAUAUGAAGCCAUGUGAAAUGAAAAAAAGAGACUUUGAGUCACCAUUCUUUCUUUCGACAGAUUUGACAACUAUUGAAGACUUCAAGGAGGUAUGCUACUUCAUAAGAGAAUUUUUUGAGCAUCCAUGCAACGCUCUGAGUAUAACGGGUUCUACCAUGCAUAUAAGAGAACUGUUGUGCCAAGCGCCGUCAAGCGGGAGUGGUUACAAGCUAUUAACCUUAGACUAUGCAUUAUGGAGUGGGAGAAUGGAUAAAAUCAUCGAAGGCACAGGCCUCCAAUCCCAGAAAAUAUGUUUGUACGUCGAUUGGGACAUCCUAGUUUUACAGUGCCCAGAAGUAGUGGGCCAACUUAAAAACAUGAUUGUACAAAGGGACUAUACGAGAUUUGUGACGAGGGAAAUGAUCGAACAACUUGUUCAAGAAGGGUCGGAGCAGCCCGAAGUUGACUUCGCAAAUUGUCGUUCAACACUCUUGGGCAAUAUAGAUCGAAACCUUAAGUUCGUAUUUUCAUCGCGUAUGAGAUAUUUCGAUGCGACUCUUUCAGAUAUAGGAUUCUAUUUGCACGUACCUCGACUGACACAAUCACUGAUGACUCAAAUACAAUGUGCCAUUAUGCCAACGGAUUACAACUUCGACCUACGCAAGGUAUAUGAUCUCUAUAUAGGGUUGCAUGGUGGCGUCUUUAACUUCUGCGAUUAUCUGCUAUACGUGAGAUUCACCAAAGACCUGAUAUCACAACAUGAAACGCAAACCCAAAAGGACUAUACCCGUCUCCGUGCCGGGCUCGAAAAAAUCGAGAGGGCUAAAGAUGAGGUGUCGUCCUUAAGGGCUAUGCUAGAUUCUCGGCGAACAUUUUUGGUCGCAAAAAAUGAAGAAGCCGAAAAAAAGCUAAAACAGAUCAGCCAACUACAAACGGAGGCAGGAUUAAAAAAGCAGGAAGCCGAAGAGUUGAAUGAUUCACUGGAAGAAGAGCGUUCGAUUUUGAAAACACGCAAUGAUGAAGUCCAACUUCAACUCGCUGAGGUCGCACCGCUAAUUGAACAAUCUCAGCGAGAGGUAGAAUCGAUAAACCGCAAGAGUCUCGAUGAGCUACGUUCUAUGGGAAAUCCACCUUCUAUCAUAAAACAUACGCUGGAAACGGUCGUAAUACUUUUGACCAAUUCGACAAGCACCAAUGUAUCUUGGGACUUUUGCCGAAAGUUGGUCAAGAGUUCAGACUUCAUUUCUAAGAUUUUGCACUUCGACACCCAAAUUAUAACUCCUACAACAUUUAAUAUCGUGAAGAAUUGUGUGGAAGAGCCUGAGUGGGAUAUUAAUAGAAUAAGCAAAGCCUCAAAGGCCGCAGGCCCACUUGCUAAAUGGGUUGUCUCCGUAAUGUCAUAUGGCGAGAUAGCCAUGAAUGUACGCCCUUUACUAGAAGAGGUUGAACGGUUGAAAGUGUCGAACAGAGAGAAUGAGGCCAUGCUUGAAAGACAAUCAACCCUUAUAGAGACUCUUGAAGGUGAUAUAAGUCGAUACCAAGAUGAUUACUCUGCACUGCUUGAAUCUAUAAGCACGAUGCAGUCUGAAAUCAAUAGGACAUCUGAAAGAAUAGAAAAAUCAGAGUCAUUACUACUGGAUCUUUCCGACGAAGUGGAACACUGGAAGAAAGCGAUAGAUAUUCUAGAAACAAAACAACGCUGUAUCUUAGGCAACUCUAUUAUGCAAGCAGCACUAUCGGUACUUUCUGGGAGUUUAGAGUCGCAUACACGCACGGAAUUUUACGGCAUGAUAAACGAUUUCUUUGCGGCAAAGGAUGUUCUCCAUGAUUACGAUUUCCUAUCCAUACCGAAUUUCGAACGCCAUAUACUCAAGGCCAACAUGGACUAUCGUCAUUGCAUCCUCGUGGAUGCAUCUGAUAUGCUUUAUGCCCCUCUCAUAGAAGGCCCUUAUAAGGUCGUGUCAGCCUGUGAUGAGCAUUUUAUGGCUAUGCUUGCUGCAGGCAGGGAAUGCAAUCUCGUUCUUCUUAUAACAGACAUAGUAUAUUCAACAACAACAGUAAAGCGCGCAAUACUCAACGAGGUGCGCUCAAAAGUAUUUGGUAGUGGAUUCAAUAUCAUUCUACAGAUAUCAUCAGAUGACUUACUUCGCUGCAGGAGCCCUCAAAAUGAAGAUGAGCAUUAUAUUUUAAACAUCAGCGAAUUAUGUCUCAUAUUACACCUCGAGAUGUCGGAAAACAAUUUUGAAUCAUACUGUAUGGAUAUCUUGAUGCAAGAAACCGAUCCCCUGCUUUAUAAGGCACAUCAAGAUGUAACUGUAACAGCCACCGAACUAAGCAGUGAGCUCCGUCUGCAAGAAGACGGGUUGCUAGGAUUCCUUGUGGAUACCACAGACAUUUUGGAUGACGAUACGUCUGCAUACUUUGCGGAGUACAAAAAUGAAAGAGAUAGAAUACAGUGCUCCUUGUCUGAGUGUACCGUGGUAGUCGACAAUUUUAACUCAUUAAAAUCUAACUAUUCCGAUUUCAUCUCGCUCGUUUCAGCAACGUACAAUAUAACGAAACGAUUGGGAAGAUUGGGCAGCUUCUGCUUCUUCGAUGUAUCCUUAUUGAUACACGCUAUGAAAUUAUCUCGUGGCAAUGCCGAACCCAAGAAAGCUUUUAUGCAAAUCAUUUUUGAAUGGAUAAACCAGUCUAUAUUUGCUGAAGACAGUAUGUAUUGGGGAUUUGAGCUAUUGAAUUUAUAUUGUAACCAGGUGAAGCCGUGUGACGAUAUAAGACAACUGCUGAGUGAUGUUUCGUCUCUCCAUAACGAUCCUGUGAAGAUUUUCCAGGAUAUUGAAAACAUGAAACAUGAAUAUUUAUAUUCCGAUACGAAUGAAACGUUUGGAAUAACAACUAAUGUAUUUGAUUAUUUCAACAUGGUUAUAAUUGUAACCAGGGGCUUCGAAGACCCAACUGAUUUUGUGGAAUCAUACACCAAAUCACAGGGUCAUGAUUUUAAGGCUUUGGCGAUGUCGGUUCCUUCAGAAUGCAGCGCCAUCGAAUCAAGACUGCAAUCUCUUCUAUCGAAGGGGUUUUGGGUUUUGCUUAAGAAUGCGCAUCUUGUUCCUCGGUGGUUCGAAAAAUUCGAAUCUCAAUUUCCACGCCUGUCAGAUGGACCCAAGGUCUUCAUUACCUGGGACAGCGCAGUGGAUUUGGAUAGAACGAUUCUUACACGUCGCUACAAAAUUGUAUACCAAGGAGCGGAUACACUUCACUCAAUUCUCAAUCAACUAUUCCAGACCUAUGGUCAACUAUUUGACGACCCUGACAACAGAAGAUGUCAUUUGUUGCUAAGAACACUUUUAGUUCAUGCCAUAGUGAUCUGUCGUCAAGCGUAUAUCCCAUUCGGUUGGACCAAGCCAAACACUUUUGACAACAACGAUUUGCUUCUGGCCUUUAACGCCACGUUACGUUUUGCGGAUCUUUUCGAGGACAACUUGAAACAAAUUGUCAACAUCAGCGCCGACUUUCACAGAGAUGCUACUCUGGUUCACGAAUGGCGUCAACGUGUUCACUGCAUUUAUGCUUCAAAGCUUUCGUGUGACAUCGAUAUCAACAUAAUGUGGGACAUUUUGACUUUCAUAGAACCAGGUCAAUAUCCCAUUGAGCUGCCAAAUGAGAAUAUUGUGGACUGGAUUAAACAAAUACCGAAGGUCACGGCUCCAUCUAUGAUAGGCCUUCCUAAUUGCGUUGAUACGUUGAUUCUGCAAUCCAGCGUUGGCAAACUCUGCGAAUUCGCACCUUCAUGUACACGUGGAGAUAUUCUCACGGCGCAUGGAAACAGUGAACCAUGUGAGUUCCCGAUUCAUCUGUUUGAGAACCCAGGAUCUCUUUUGGUCACAGCGUUACGUGGGCAAUGGGCCGACUGUUACAGGGAACACGACAUGGAUUUGAUCGUUGCAGAAUGCAAUAAGCUUCAAACAUUGCCAACAUCAGGGAAACCUGUUAAGGCCAAUCUAAACGUUUUUUCACAGCCGCAAAAAUUUCUGGACGUCCUCAGGUUACUCGUUUCAAGCUCAUCGGGAGUCAAGGCCGACGAUUUGGAACUUAUUGCUAGAAUUGUUCCCUCGGUCGAGUCUGACUGUGAAAAUAUCCGUGAACAAUUGUCCACUUGCCACUGUUCAUACACUAAAGAACGGUUAAUAUUGGAUAAUCUGGAAUUGGUCGGGGCAACUUACGAUUUUGCUACCCAGACCCUUUCUGUGUCAAGCACGACAACUAUUGAAAUACGCGAACCAAUAUAUGUUCAGCUACGGUGGAUAAAGCACUCUUGUGGCAAAGCGCAUCGUACAACUCUGCUACCUAUCUACAAUUCACGAAGGAUAUUGAGCUACAGUUUGAAUUUUGAUUUUGAAAAACAUGAAGAGCUGAUAUAUCUGAGAAAUGUGCGUCUUGAUGCCGUAUUUUAA